AAAAAAUCAAGGGUUUUUGAAGCCGUGAAAAAUAUUCGCCGUCGCCGAUGUCGGGAAAAUAGAAGAACUUUGAAGCUUAUCUUCCUCUUCUCCUUUUUUCCGCAAAGAGUAAUUGGGGAAAGAAACAAUGGGAAUCAUAGAACAAGGAACAAUCUCAGGUACCUUGCCAAGCAAGGAGGCGUUUGCAGUUCACUUCCCUGGUUACCCAUCAUCUAUUUCCCGCGCCAUCGAGACUCUCGGAGGAAUCCAAGGAAUUACAGAAGCAAGAGGAUCAAUUUCAAACAAGCUUGAGCUGCGUUUCCGGCCUGAAGAUCCUUAUGCACAUCCUGCAUUGGGGGAACAACGUCCUUGCAAUGGGUUUUUGUUGAAAAUUUCUAAGCAGGAUAUCCAGAAACCUGAAAGUCAACCUGCAGUUCUUGCCUCUACUGAUGCAUCUUUGGAGGAAGCUAGUCCAGCUCUAUGUGCGGACAUUGUAGCUCGUGUGUCUGAAUCAUUUCACUUCGAUGGCAUGGCUGACUAUCAGCAUGUUAUUCCUAUUCACGCGGAUAUUGCGCGGCAGAAAAAGAGAAAAUGGAUGGAGAUGGAUUCCCUUGCAGGAAACAGUGAUUUGAUGGACCUGGCUGAUGAAGAUAUAAUGAUGUUAUUGCCACAGUUCUUUGCACCCAAAGAUAUGCCAGACAACUUGGCGUUGAAACCCCCGGCAACAUCUGGUCCCAAAAAGAAAGAUGAUGCGGCAACUCAUAACUUUUACGAGAUUGAUAUUGGCCCAGUAUUUGCAAUUGAUUUUAGCGUCAAAGAGAUCCCAAAGAAACUAAACUGGGAAGACUUUGUUGCUCCCAGCUCCCCGCACUGGCAAUGGCAGGUAUCAGUGUCUGCAUUGUUUGAAGAGCGGCCUAUUUGGACAAGAGAUUCUGUAGUUCAACGAUUACUUGAUAAAGGUCUUAAGUGUACACAUCAUAUGUUAAACAGGUAUCUGCUCAGGGCUGCGUAUUAUUUCUCCAGUGGUCCGUUUCUUAGGUUCUGGAUUAAAAGAGGCUAUGAUCCACGGAAUGAUCCUGAGUCUCGUGUAUAUCAGAGAAUGGAAUUUAGGGUUCCACCUGAAUUACGGAGUUAUUGCGAUGCAAAUGCAACUAACACCUCAAAGCCAAGCUGGAACGACAUUUGUGCUUUCAAGUUAUUUCCUUUUAAAUGCCAGACAUUUCUGCAGUUGUUUGAACUUGACGACGAGUACAUCCGACGAGAGAUAAGAAAGCCUCCCAAGCGGACUACUUGUCACCACAAAACAGGAUGGUUCUCAGAAGCCAUGCUUGAUACUUUGAGACUUCGUGUAGCUGUGUUGUUUGUGUCAGUGUUUCCUGAGCCAGGCUUCGAAGAUUUAUUUAAAUCCAUUCAAGAAGAGUUUGAGAGGUCAGAGAAAAUUCAAAUCCAGAAAGAGACACAUAAACCAUCUCCACUGAAGCGCCGGGAGGCAACUAAAGACUCUGAAGACAUGCAAAAGUGUAAAAGCGCAAACGAAGAAGAGGUUGAUGUUAAUGUUAAUGAGGAUGUAGAUGUUGAAGACCUGGAUGAAGAAGACGAAGAAGAAGAAGAACUCGAUAUGGCUGCAGGGAACAAGGAGAUAUCUCUUGAUUCCCAUGGAUAUCUUGAUACUGAGAACAGCUCCAGAACGUAUCUUCAAGGUUUGUUCGAUAGUUUUCCAGCGAGUGGGCCUGGUUUGUAUGGAGACUUUGCUGUUGAUGAUGGGAGUGAUGGGGAGUUUCAGAUAUACGAAGAAGAAUCUGAGGGUUUGUAUUCUAUCGAUGAUAAUGAUGACGAAGAUGAAGAAGAAGACGAUGAUGAUGAGUAAAGAUCAAUUCACACCGCUGGUAAAGUAGGCUUUGUUCUAAUGAAUCUUCGUCCAGAAAAUGACUUCACCAGGCCUGAGUACCAUACAUAGCAAUACAGUUAUAUACAACUUGUUUUUUGGUUUCUCAGAAAUAAGUAUAUGGUUUCCACUUUCUACACCUCAUUUUUGAAAUCUGAUUACAGAAAAUUAAUUGUUAUUUUCACAAAAGAGAAAACAAUUGUAACCAUUACACAUUCAAUAUCUUUA